AUGAAAUCUAACUUUGACUUACUAUUAACUCCUACAAUGCACAUUUUACUGAUAUUUUGGUCAUUUAUUUUUGGCACCAAUGGACAUGGAAUAGCUUCUCAAUUUUUAUUAUGUCACAAUUGCCCAAGUAGUGUGCCAGAUUGUCAAGAUUUAUGCCAUGGAAGGUAUUGUUACAAAGCAGAACUCAUCAUUGAUCAUAAUUAUUCAACGGUGAAACGAGGAUGUUUGAAUCAAACAGAUAAUGGUGUAGAUGUAGGACGAUGCCAAGAUUUACCAGCAGAUUUACCUGGAUCAAAUAUUCACGCUAUCGAACGAAUGUGUAUUUGUACAUUAAAUGGAUGUAAUUCAGCUUCUACUAAUUCUAACUUUGCUAUCUUUAGUAUAAUAGUGUUAUUGGCUAUUUGUACUCGAUGA